AUGAUAGGCGUUGUGGCGCAAGUAAAACAAUCUGUGGAACGUCGACAAAGCUCAGAUGAAGUUCGGAUCAAAAAAGAAAAUAUUGGCCUUGAAGAUUAUCAGCAUCAUUUAUUCAAUAAUCAAAAUAAACGUGAUAGUUAUUGUGAAGAUUUAAACAAAAUCAAAGUUCGAUUCGAUAAAUCAAUACCGAACAUGCAGCAAAUUAUUCAAACGGAUAUGAAACGAAUAAAUAUAAAUAAACUUUAUGAUCGUCAACUGAGAGAAACUGUACAUGGAACAAGAGGAUUAGAUUGGCAGCAUAAAGAGCAAUUAAAACGAUUCAAAAAUGACGAGCGUGAUAUUCGUCGUGAAUUACUUCGUCUAAAUUAUGAUUUAGCAAAAAUUUCUUUUUCAUCUUAUCUAAAUGGAAGUUUGAAUAAAAAUCCGUUGCAUCAUUCAACAAAAAAAACAAAAGCGGUUCUUAAGCGUUCAUUAUUAAUCACUGAUCGCCGAGUGUCAAUCAAUUUCUCGACGCCAACAAAUCAAACACAAUCAUCAUCAUCUGGAAAUGAAUCAUCGUCGAGGAUAAGACAAAAACAAUUCCAUCGACAAGAAAUCAAAGAAUUUUUUGCGUAA